GCGAAAAGUUUUUAAUCAUUAGUCAGAAAGUCAGACAUUGUUGUUUUCUGGCAAAAAGAAACAAUAAGAAUAACAAGCCAAAAAAGGCCAACACUAAGCAGAGUUAUGUAAAUGGUGUACUCUGUUAGUACUUUCUACCCUUGUAAGCCAUUUGGAGCGCACAACAAAUCAACACACGGUGACGGACGUUUGUGUUGGUGUUGCGACAAAGUGAAACCGCCAAGGGGGGAAAGUCGGCACCCAGCAUCUAGCACCUGCUAGCCAACUCUCGAAGCGAAAUUUAUACAAUACAGCGAGGGAAUGGAUAACGGCGACCAAGACGCUGGAUUUCGGCUGGGAGCCAUAAAAGAAGAGGUCAAACCUGAUAUUUCGCAGUUAAAUGAUAGCAAUAACAGCAGCUUUUCACCCAAGGCCGAUAGCCCAGGACCUUUUUUGCAGACCAUGAGCAUGACCACUAUGGGGUCAGCAAACAACCAGAACCAAUUGGCGCAGGCGCCUGCCGCACAACAGUAUCCGCCAAAUCACCCGCUGAGCGGAUCCAAACAUCUUUGUUCAAUCUGUGGCGACCGUGCCAGUGGCAAGCACUAUGGCGUGUACAGCUGCGAGGGCUGUAAGGGUUUCUUCAAAAGAACCGUGCGCAAAGAUCUCACCUACGCUUGCCGCGAGAAUCGAAACUGUAUCAUCGAUAAACGUCAGCGGAAUCGCUGCCAAUACUGCCGCUACCAGAAAUGCCUCUCUUGUGGCAUGAAGCGUGAGGCAGUACAGGAGGAGCGCCAACGCGGCGCACGUACAUCGACUGGCCGACUCGGUGGUGGUGGCAACGCAGGAUCUGUAGGCGGCGGCGGUGGUAUUGGAGGCGGAGGCGGCAAUAGCGGUGCAGACGACUUCCUGCCCAACAACGUGUCCCGCGACUUUACCAUUGAUCGCCUGCUCGAGGCCGAGCAGCGCGCUGAAACACAUAGUGGCGACAGAGCAUUGGCCUUUCUACGCGUUGGCCCCAAUUCAACAGUGCAGCCGGAUUACAAAGGAGCCGUAUCGGCCCUCUGCCAGGUCGUUAACAAACAGCUCUACCAGAUGGUUGAAUACGCUCGCCUGAUGCCACAUUUCCCACAGUUACCGCUCGAUGAUCAGGUGAUACUGCUAAAGGCCGCUUGGAACGAGCUGCUCAUUGCGAAUGUGGCGUGGUGUAGCACCGUGUCGCUGGACGAUACCAUGUCCGGCCUGGGGCACGACAGUGCUUUCGAGCGUCGCUCGCCGGUGCUGCAGCCGCAACAACUGUUUUUAAAUCAGAGUUUCUCAUACCAUCGCAACAGCGCGAUCAAGGCGGGUGUCUCCACGAUCUUUGAUCGCAUAUUGUCGGAGCUGAGUGUGAAGAUGAAGCGCCUGAAUCUCGACCGUCGCGAGCUAUCUUGUCUGAAGGCGAUCAUACUUUAUAAUCCAGACAUACGCGGCAUUACGAAUCGCGCCGACAUCGAACAAUGCCGCGAAAAGGUUUAUGCCUGCCUGGACGAACACUGCCGCCUCGAGCAUCCUGGCGAUGAUGGACGCUUUGCUCAACUAUUGCUACGCUUGCCCGCUCUCCGCUCCAUUAGUCUCAAGUGUCUGGACCACCUCUUCUUCUUCCGCAUCAUAAGCGAGCGACCGCUCGAGGAACUAUUCAUCGAACAAUUGGAGUCACAGCCCCCGGCGGCAUUAUCGCUAAAACCCGAAUGAGCUAAAACAUAGAGAUCGUGUGGCAGCCUGUCUGAUUGUUUCAUUGUGAUUGAGUUUUUUGCAUUUCUCCGUUUCCUUUUUAAACGAAUAAUUUACAUACAAACCAAAUGUCUUUGCUUGUUUGUAUAAUUAUCAUUAAUCUUUUUUUUUUGCGCUCGAGCGUUAGAAAAUGUUUUCCUUAAGAUUUAUCAACGUUUAUUGCCAUGUAAACGAAAAAAAUAUAUAUAUAAAAAACAACAAACAAAUAGAAUUAUGUGCAUACACUCAUACAUACAUAUAUGUAUGUAUAUGUAUAUAAAACAAUUGUAACUAAUUUUUAAAAAAUAGUUGUGCCCCAAAAGUUAUAAAAUACAUGCAGAAUAAUAUUAAAAUAAUUGUGAAACAAUAACUACGGAUUUAUCUUUAAUAUUCGCGCUAAUCUAUCAUAUCAGUAAUUCCUUUUUUUUUAUACAAAAUUUCGUUAUUGUUGUUGUUGUUAAAUUUUUUAGUCUUACUUUUAA